CCUCGGUUGCGUCGCGAAUUUCGUGGGUUGGCGCCUCACCUCCGGCGGUGAUAAGUUUGCUGUGGCCCCAGCAAGACCACCGGCAAACGACGGGUUCGGCCUCGAGGGGUCGAAAGCAAGCACGGCGACGACGCAGCAAACACAUGGUCAGAGGGGGUUACUUGCGGGGGGAACGGACACACGAAGCGCCUGGAUCGCUUCGCGCGAGGACAACAUCCCUGAGCAUUGCAGAUUGGUCACGACACAGGAAUUGAGGCAAUGGAAGGGGCAGCGAGGCCGCGAAUUGGCACCACCGUCACACCAGCCGGGACGUUCUUCUCGACCUCCAUCAGGCGCGCGGUCGUCAAUAUGCUGGUCCGACGCGAAGAAGACUGCCACCCAGAGGGAGGGAUUGAUCGAUGCAAGAAGCCCUGGGUGUCGUCCAAGGCGACCUGGAUCGUCGUCGGCGUCCUGGCCGGGCUAAUCGUUCUCGUUACCGUGUCGGUCUUGCUGUUCUUCCACUUCCGAGGGAGAAGGCGGGAGCGGCAUGAGGACUUGGAGGACCGAUUCCACAACGCAGACUACGGGCUAGACGAGCUGCCGGGAGGUGGAAAGAAGUCGCGCCCGCGCCCGGACGACGGGUUCAGCAGCUCCCAGAGCGAGUCGCCCGCCGGGUACGGGAGGCGAUCUCGCGAUCCCCUGCAGGUUGGCAGCGAACCAAAGUACCCAUCCCCGGGACAUCUCAACGGGCGCCAGAACCAGUUCGAACGACAAUGAGCCAUCCUUCAGGUCGGGUUGAUGGAGUUAUUCCUAGAAAGCGACGUUGCCGCAUGGCCUACCAGGGAAAAGGUGGCCAGCUGAAGCCGUGGAGCCGGCCACUCCGGCUAGGCUGCGGCGCUU